AUUGGGAGCAUCAUCCUGCUCCCGAUGAAAACUCAGGCAUUCCAGCCUGUGGGGCAGACAAGAGUAUUUGCAUUCCCUGUCGCAAUUUUGAAAAAGACUGAGCAACAGACCUGAGACCUGAGACCACCAAUGCCACCAUGUGGUCAAUACUGUACUGCGAGGAAACAAGAGAGAGACACCAACACCUCUACCUGAGGCUAAGACUGAGUGGCUUGGGGCAAGCCUAAAAUGCCAGACUAUCUGCCUGCCCAUAGACAGUGAGGGAUUGUGCUUACACACACAGAUGUAACAAAUAGCCACCAGGAUAAUCCAGAGACCACCUGCAUCGCCUCUUCUAGCCCAACGCUGAGCUGCCAGGAAGAAUCCUGUACCGUCCGCACAUCCUCUCGAAACAAGGGCGAACUGAACGAAGAAGCCUGAGGUUGACACGCCUCCUCCCCUGUAGACCAGGACUAAGCGGCUGGGACAAGCCCGAUAUUGUCAGCAUCACUGCACAUGCGCUCUGACAACGAGGGACAGAGCCCCCAUGUGGCCCAGGCCUUUUUACCACUGUAAAUAAAAUAAACCAUGUGAACUCACCCAAGUGCGAUUGUCGGUAUGGUCACUGCCGAAGCUGAUGUCAUCCCCUGACACCCUACUUGUGGAGAACGUGGGCAAGACCACACUGGCUACUUUGAAGCUUCCAUAUGAAAUGGAAAUGGAAGAAGAAAUUCAAAUGAAGGAAAACUGGACAUUAAAUCAUCUUGAGAAUGAAUGAUGCCACCGUCUCUGCUGCUGAGCAAGCGUAACUGCCAUGGGUACAUGGGUGGCAGGUUUUAUGGGGCGAAUGCAGGAGAAUGGGGUUGAGAGGGAAGGAUGGAUCAGACACAUUGAAUGGUGUAGACUUGAAGGGCCGAAUGGCCUUAAUCUGCUUCUAAAACUUCACAGUAUCUUCAGAGGUCUCCGGAUUUUUCUUGCUUUCAGAGAUAUUUAAUGAACUAACUAACUAGACAAUUGCUGCUGAAAAUGUGAACAGAAAACAGUGAGAGCCAGACUAAAGAAGAAUUCUCUAAAGUCCUCCGGCAGCUCUUUACAAGCACCCACUUUGUGUGAAAAAGUUACCUCUCAGGUUCCCAUUAAACCUUUCUCCCAUCACCUUAAACCUAUGUCCUCUGGUUCACAAUUUCCCUAAUCUACGCAAGACUCUGUACAUCUAUUCAAACUAUUCCUCUCACAAAAUGUUCACCUCUCCUUCCUCAUUGACUGAAUGUAGCCACCUGAUCUAUUAAAAUUACUUCCUGCAUUUGACAAUUCCUUCCAUUUCAAUACAUUCUUUGUCAUGUUACUAUAUGGUUUCUAUCAAACCGCUCUUUGUGUCACAUCCAUAAAUUAUCAAAUCUCUCUUUGACCACAUCCAUUAUGUAAAUUAUGUUACGCAAACAUAAACUGAAGAUAUCAAAUGGAAAUUAAACAACUGAACACAGUCUCAUGAAACGUCUUCACUGAUACUGCCAGUUUAAAACAGGAUCCAUUGGAGAAACACCUCAUUGCCACACCAUGAUUCCCAUUCGUCAGAUAUUUAUCGUUAUCGUCAUUAAUGGAGCUAGUGUUCUGCUGUAUGUAAGUUGGCAUUUGCAAACACAACAAAAUGUUCAAAAGAACAUGGUAAGAAUGUCACAAGUGGAAGAUGAAGCUACCAUGGAUGAUCCUCGUCCACUCCUGAAUCCUGGGAUUAUGUUUGUGGAAACAACAGACAAGGUGGAGCUGAAGCCAUUGGUGAUGUGCUCAGUGGAGUCUACUGCUCGUCAAAACCCAGAUAAACCAAUCUAUUUCUUCAUGAAGGGGUUCAGUGGCAACUUGAGCCAAUAUCCAAAGCCUAAGUACAGAUUCAUCCCGUUCCUCUCCUCAAUGAAGAAUGUUGUUCUUCUACCUUUAAACGCUAACGAACUGUUUGAUGAUACUUCGUUGAAAUUCUGGCAUCGAAAGGUAAAUCCAGAAAAGGAGAAGUUUUGGACCCAUGUGUUUUCUGAUGGCUGCAGAUUAGCACUGCUGUGGAAAUAUGGGGGCAUCUACCUGGAUACUGAUAUUAUAUCAAUGAGGCCAAUACCGUUUGCUAACUUUACAUGCCCUCAGCAUUUUAAAACUGUCAGUAAUGGGGCUAUAGGUUUCUCACAUAGGCAUCAUCCUGUUUUAUGGAAUUGCAUGGAAGAUUUUGUGGCCAAUUACAUUGGACAUAUUUGGGGUCAUCAAGGCCCUAGACUGCUUACCCGUGUGCUGAAGAGAUGGUGUCAGACGGAUAAUCUAGCUCCCUUCAUUGGCAAAGAAUGCAACGGCAUCUCUAUAUGGAUCACAAAACGGUUCUACCCAAUCACAUUUCAAGAUUGGAAGAAGUACUACUCUUCUUGGAAAAAGAAGGAUAUAGAGCGGAAAUUCUCAGCAACGUAUGGAGCACAUGUCUGGAAUUCUAUGAAUAGAAAAGAUAAAAAGCAAAUCGUUGUUGGAAGUGGAUCUUUAAUUGAACAUUUUUUCCAGUUGUAUUGUCCAACUGCAUACAGAGAUGUCAUUCAAUUGAAUCAUAGUUUAUGGUGAUUUAUGUCCUGAUGUCCUUGUUUUUAGUAUGUCUAAAAGUGUGUAGUGACCAUUUGGCUUGUUUUGCGUGUCAUUAAUGAUGGCAUGUGUCUUUAAAUUUUAAACAGUCCGUUAUAUUGUGGGUGGGAUUUAUGACAUAUUUUAGGGCAUGUUUGGGGCUAUGUAUCUUGCACAAAAGUUUAGUUUUUAGUUUAGUUUGGAACCAGCAUGGAGAAGGUUUACCCUUCAACCAUGCGAAGUGUAAUGGAGACACGAGGAUUUUUUUAUCGUUUAAUGUGAUAAGCUGGAGUUCGAUGAAGAUUAUAGUAACAGGUCGGAAGAAGUUUGGAUGUAUCGUAAUGUUUUUCAUCAACAAUAAAGAAUUUACUAAUCAAAAGACUGUGUUUUGGAAGACUUAUCUGUGAAGAAGCUCUGAAGGUCUCUGAUGGUGGGCUUGCAUGCGGACAAAGACAUUCACCCUUAACCAUGCUGUCCAUUUACCAGCUAGAGGGAGUAAUCUCUUAUAACCAUAUAACCAUAUAACAAUUACAGCACGGAAACAUGCCAUCUCGGCCUUACAAGUCCGUGCCGAACAAUUAUUUUCCCCUAGUCCCAUCUACAUGCACUCAGACCAUAACCCUCCAUUCCUUUCCCAUCCAAAUACCUAUCCAAUUUAUUUUUAAAUGAUAAAAUCGAACCUGCCUCCACCACUUCCACUGGAAGCUCAUUCCACACAGCUACCACUCUCUGAGUAAAGAAUUUCCUCCUCAUGUUACCCCUAAACCUCUGUCCCUUAAUUCUGAAGUCAUGUCCUCUUGUUUGAAUCUUCCCUACUCUCAAUGGGAAAAGCUUGUCCACGUCAACUCUGUCUAUCCCUCUCAUCAUUUUAAAGACCUCUAUCAAGUCCCCCCUUAACCUUCUGUGCUCCAGAGAAUAAAGACCUAACUUAUUCAACAUUUCUCUGUAACUUAGUUGCUGAAACCCAGGCAACAUUCUAGUAAAUCUCCUCUGUACUCUCUCUAUUUUGUUGACAUCCUUCCUAUAAUUGGGCUACCAAAAUUGUACACCAUACUCCAGAAUUGGUCUCACCAAUGCCUUGUACAAUUUUAACAUUACAUCCCAACUUCUAUACUCAAUGCUCUCAUUUAUAAAGGCUAGCAUACCACAAGCUUUCUUUACCACCCUAUCUACAUGAGAUUCCACCUUCAGGGAACUAUGCACAGCUAUUCCUAGAUCCCUCUGUUCAACUGCAUUCCUCAAUUCGCUACCAUUUACCAUGAACGUUCUAUUUUGAUUUGUCGUGCCAAGAUGUAGCACCUCACACUUAUCAGCAUUAAACUACAUCUGCCAUCUUUCAGCCCACUCUUUCAAAUGGCCAAAAUCUCUCUGUAGACUUUGAAAAUCUACUUCAUUAUCUACAAUACCACCUAUCUUAGUAUCAUAGAAACAUAGAAACAUAGAAAUUAGGUGCAGGAGUAGGCCAUUCGGCCCUUCGAGCCUGCACCGCCAUUUAAUAUGAUCAUGGCUGAUCAUCCAACUCAGUAUCCCGUACCUGCCUUCUCUCCAUACCCUCUGAUCCCCUUGGCCACAAGGGCCACAUCUAACUCCCUCUUAAAUAUAGCCAAUGAACUGGCCUCAACUACCCUCUGUGGCAGAGAGUUCCAGAGAUUCACCACACUCUGUGUGAAAAAAGUUCUCCUCGUCUCGGUUUUAAAGGAUUUCCCCCUUAUCCUUAAGCUGUGUCCCCUUGUCCUGGACUUCCCCAACAUCGGGAACAAUCUUCCUGCAUCUAGCCUGUCCAACCCCUUAAGAAUUUUGUAAGUUUCUAUAAGAUCCCCUCUCAAUCUCCUAAAUUCUAGAGAGUAUAAACCAAGUCUAUCCAGUCUUUCUUCAUAAGACAGUCCUGACAUCCCAGGAAUCAGUCUGGUGAACCUUCUCUGCACUCCCUCUAUGGCAAUAAUGUCCUUCCUCAGAUUUGGAGACCAAAACUGCACGCAAUACUCCAGGUGUGGUCUCACCAAGACCCUAUACAACUGCAGUAGAACCUCCCUGCUCCUAUACUCAAAUCCUCUUGCUAUGAAAGCCAACAUGCCAUUCGCUUUCUCAAGAGUCAAGAGUCAAUUUAAUUGUCAUUUGGACCCCUGGAGGUCCAAACGAAAUGCCGUUUCUGCAGCCAUACAUUACACACAAAUAGACCCCAGACACAACAUAAUUACAUUUAACAUAAACAUCCAUCACAUAGCUGUGAUGGAAGGCCAAAUAAACUUAUCUCUCCACUGCACUCUCCCCCCCUCCCGAUGUCAGAGUCAAAGUCAUAGCCCCCGGCUGGCGAUGGCGAUUGUCCCGCGGCCAUUAAAGCCACGCCGGGUGGUGCGAGGUCGCACACCGGGUCUUGGUGUUGGAGCCCCCGGUGUGCGCUCGCAGAGUCCGCGGCCAUUCCAGCCGCGCGGGGCAGUGAUGUAGGCCCCGCUCCAGGAGCUCUUCAACCCCGCAACUCGGGCGGGAGAAGUCGCCGUUGCAGGAGCCCCGAAAAGCGGUCUCCCUCCAGGGAGCCGCGGGCUCCCGAUGCCGUCGUCCACAGACCCGUCGUUGGAGCCUCC